AUGUUUGCAGUUACAAACGAAACGACUAAAUACAAGCUCAGUCUAGGAACGUUCUCAGGUAUCGUGCUUGGAAUGUAUUUAAUUUUGAUGUAUAGUAUUUUGUCUUCGUGUCUUAAUUAUUCGUUCAAAGCUUGUUUGUAAGUAAGUUUCAAAAGGAGCUCAGUUACUUUUCCAAACGUAGCCCCUCUCUUGUACUUCAAUACUAGAUUAUAUUCAGGUAUUCUACCCCAAACAUUCCUGCUAAAAUGUCCUUGUAUGACUUCUAGGAAGUGCUGGUGACUCAUUAUUGGUGCAUCGUGGUUAUCCGUUUUCCACCAGAGACCGAGAUCAUGAUACUGCCAAAGCCAACUGCGCUUCGCAUUUCCAAGGAGUCUGGUGGUACACUAAUUGCCAUGAUUCAAACCUGAAUGGUUUGUAUUACAACGGUUCACAUCCACAUAAAGGUCAAGGUAUCAUCUGGAAUACAUGGAAAGGAAUUCAGUACUCUCUCAAGAGAGCUGAGAUGAAAAUCAGACCGACCGACUUUUAG